AUGGAGCUCACUUCACUGCCACAAGCACAAAGAGCACGUCGCUGCUUAUUCAGCUUCGUCCUCUCGACAUCAAUCGACCUCCUCCUCGCCUCCCCCCUCCGCCGCGCCCUGCAAACCUGCACCCUCACCUUCGCACCCGCCCUCUCACGCGGCCACCACAUCAUCGCUCUCCCCUACGCCGAAGAAGCCAGCGACGCGCCCUGCGACACGGGUUCCGAGCCCGCCCUCCUGCGCUCCGAGUUCCCGAAUAUCUCCUUCGACCACGUCGGCGCGGGCUGGUGGGUGCAUGAAGGCGAGUACGCUUUCGAACCAGCCGCUUUGAUUGCGAGAGCAGCGAAGCUACGCCGUUGGAUUAAGGCACGGCCGGAGAAAGAGGUCGUGCUGGUCGCGCAUGGGUUUUUCAACCAUUACCUAACCGGGGACGUGGAUGAAAAGGGAGAGCAGAGCACGCCGUGGUGGGACGAGGCGGAGCUGCGGACGUAUACUUUUGAGGAGGAGGGGGCGGCGUUUGAUGGCGGCGGGGCAGAGGUGGAUGGGCAGGAUGGAGCGGCGAUCAGGGAGACGGAGGAGAGUUUGAAGAGGUUGGGUAGUAAGAAGGGAGCAGGGGAGGUGAGGAAUGUGAAUCGGCCCGGGGAGAGGAGGAAUAGUCUGUCGAAUUAUGGGCAGGAUGGACCGUUGGUGUUGAACUAG